UUCAUACGCUGUUAGAAAGAAAACGAAGUACAAAUUUACUACCUCUCUUUGUUUAACAGCAGCAGAGCGCAUGCUCUACAUGCAUACAGCGCAUGCUAUUUCGAUGCAUACAGCGCAUGCUAUUCCGAUGCAUAUUUUUUCAGGUUAUUAGCAGUUAUUAUAAAUUAUUAAAAUGUCGUGUAUUGUUUGUAAGGUGUUAUGGGUACUAGGAUGUGCUCGCAGUUUUCAUAAAUUUCCAAAAGAUCUUCAAAGAAGGCAAAAAUGGAUGCAAAUAAUUGGAAUUUCACAAGUAACAACUAAUACGUCCAUUUGUAGUGAUCAUUUCACAGCUGAAUCAUAUUAUGAAAGUAAUGCGUACACAAGAAUAAGAAGAUUGCUAUCAACUGCAGAGCCAAUAGUAAAUAAAAAUGUUGAAGUUCUGUUAUCUAAAAAUAUUUAUAAAAGACUAGUGAUUGAAACAUUAAAAAUUAUACCAUCUUCAGUUCUAGACGAUAAUGAACACUCUUUGGAACAACCAUUUUUAUGUGAUCAUUGACAAAAAUUAAUUUAUCUUAUUAUUCAAGACUAUAUAUUGAUAAAAGACUUAAGCAUGAAGGCAAUAAAAUGAAAGAUUUAAAAUUUAGGACGCGUAUGUUAUAUAACAAACUUACUAUUUUUAAAGGCGAGUGAAAUAAUGCAAACUAAUCUGUGAUUGUAGAUAAGUAUUGUUAUUUCAUUAAUAUGAACGUUAUUU